UCCGUUCGGCCGCUUCUCUCCGAGGGGAUUUGAACACGCUGCGAGGGCGCGCGGGAAGGCUGGACUGCGGACGCGCAGAGGCGUCUGGGAGCGGCCUUUGAUCUCUGGGACCCGGGGAAAUAAGACGGCAGCGUGCGCGCUUGGGUAAAGGGCAUACCCCCGGCGCCCUGCGGGGAGGAAACUCCACUUCCGUGAGGAAGCUGAGGUCAUAGAAAGGAAGUGCAUCGAAUGCCGUGAGAUCCGACCACGACUUUCUUGCAACUUGACCCUGGAGCGAGUCCCGACCUUGUUGGCCACCCAGAGAAAUUUCUACAAUUCCUCCCCUUGAGAAGCUUAUGGGGUGAUAAGAUACACAGAUUUUAACUGCCUUUGAAUGCUACUAUAGGUAUGGAGAAGAUUGAAGAAUAUUUUGCAGAUUUGUCCAUCGCUAAACGUUCUGCAGUGACUAAAGAGCCCACUUACCUUCUCGACAUAGACACUUCAAAAAAUGUACAAGAAGAAAAUGGAUGCAUAGUUGCUGUUUCAUGUUCCAAUGGAUCAGUUAGACUAUAUAAUAGAGAGACCCUAAGUUUGUUAAGGGAGCUUAAUGGACAGCCUGGACUGCUUAAAGGAGUCAAAUUUGCACAUUCCUAUUCCCAUGUAUUUUCAGCAUGCACAGAUGGCACUGUAAAAUGUUGGGAUAUGCGCUUAUCUGGCAAAACACCAGUACAGGUGUUUAAGGGUUAUCCUUCCAAUGUUUUCAUCAGUUUCGAUAUUAAUUGUAAUGAUCAUGUAAUUUGUGCUGGCACUGAAAAAGUUGGUGAUGAUACUUUGAUGGUAUUCUGGGAUGCAAGAAUUAGCUCUCAAAGUACACGCCCUGUAAAAGACCCAUUAGGUGUUUAUUCAGAGACACACAGUGAUGAUAUAACCCAGGUAUGUUUUCAUCCUGACAACCCUAACAUGAUAGUCUCAGGAUCAACUGAUGGACUUGUGAAUGUUUUUGAUGUAAGCGUUGACAAUGAGGAAGAUGCCCUGAUUGCAACUUGUAACUCUGGUUCAUCAGUAAGUUAUGUUGGUUGGUCUGGGAAGGAAUACAAACAGAUUUACUGUAUGACACAUGAUGAAGGAUUUUGUUGGUGGGAUCUUACCAAUUUAGAUACUGAUCAACCAGUUACAUGUUUGAAUAUCCAGGAUGUCAGAGAAGUAAUUAAUGUGCGUAAUGGAAGUCUGGAUUAUUUGGUUGGUGGCUUAUACCAUGAAAAAACAGACCAAUUGUUGGUUGUUGGAGGUACAAAUACAGGAACUAUUCACCUAUUAAACUGUGACUCUUCAGGAUUGACGUACAUGAGAAGCCUUGAGGGAGGGCAUUCUGCCACAGUUCGUUCCUUCUGUUGGAGUGUGCAGGAUGAUUCUUUACUAACUGGUGGAGAGGAUGCACAACUGUUACUUUGGAAACCUGGAGCUACUGAAAGGACUCUUGCAAAGAAGGAUAACAUGAAAAUAGCUUCCUCUGUGCAGAAACGUGUUAGAGUUCACAGUAAUGAUUCUUACAAAAGUAGGAAAAAGCAUAGUUGUUAAAAUUGUUUGAUCUUGCUUGGUCUUGUUUCAAUUAUUUUUGCAUAUACUAUUUCUACUAUAUAUUAUAGCCUUUAUGCAGAAAUGGACUGAUUUGUAAAUAAGCUUUUUGAAGGACAGAGAGAACUUUGAUUUAGAUAGAGCUUGAAAUGUCAUAAAACAAAACAGUUCUGAAUUCAAAAGAACAGUCUGAAUAUCAUUAAUUUUUAAAAACUAAUCAUUGUUAAAUUAAAAGAUGAUAUAUUUUUAAAUUAAAUUAAUUUUAAAGCAAGCCUAUUCUUGAGUUAAG